GGCUUCAUCGCUGACUUUUUUUUUCUCUCUCUCUCUCUCUCUCUCUUCCCCCUCCCCCUCCGCCCCCCUGGACGUCUAAGAGAUUAUGCAGAGAAAGUCCUUGGUCUUCCGUUGACAGUUAUUAGACGAACGGCGCGAUAGAGGCGUUUGGGGGGUUCCAACUCUUCCUCUGGGUCUUCUCUUUAUGGAUUAUUACGGGAUGGCCGGGAUUUCUGCUUCAUUCCGCCCGCUACCGAUGCUUAUUUUGGCAAUAAUGGAUGAAGUUGUAUCUAAUUCUUCAGAGAAACUUAUAGCAAUCCACUCCAAGGUUCACAGAGACACUAUCCUGAUUAAAUUUGAGGAACAGAGAAAAAAAGAUUUUUUGUGUGACAUCACUUUAAUUGUAGAAAAUGUUCACUUUAGAGCCCAUAAGGCAUUACUUGCUGCCAGCAGUGAAUAUUUUUCCAUGAUGUUCAUUGAAGAGGGCGAGAUUGGCCAGUCAAUCUACAUGCUGGAAGGGAUGGUAGCAGAUGCUUUUGGUGUACUAUUGGAAUUUAUUUACACAGGCUGCCUACAAGCUAGUGAAAAAAGUAUAGAACAGAUUUUAGCUACUGCUCAUCUCCUCAAAGUGAAUGAUCUAGUUAGAGCAUAUACAGAGCAAGAGAGGAACUGCAGCUUAACAAACGCAUUAUCUGGAAUUUCUAAUGCUGAAACUCCAAUAACUGUCUUAGCAAAGAAAAGUGAAGAUCCACCAAAGCGAAAGCGUGGAAGACCAAGAAAAGUGAAGAACAUUCAGGAAGAAAAACUGGAAUCCCUUUCAGCUGAAGAUGUGCAAUUAAAAGAGAACAACUCGGUUCAUAAUAAGCAAAAUUUUAUAAAACGGGAGGCUGUGGUAGAAGACAGAAAUACCAAUGAACUCAUUCCUGUAAGUGGAGAGGGAAGAGAAAUAUGUAGGACAGAAGCUGUGGUAAGCAUCUCAACAGAAAAGGAUGAGAACUAUGAUCCUAAGUGCCAAAAUACACAGAUCACUCAGAGUCGUUACAGCAAACGUAGGAUACGGCGGUCAAUAAAAUUAAAAGAUUAUAAACUUAUUGGUGAUGAAGAGGACAGUGGGCUGUCAAAAAGGGCCAAUGGCAGAAGAAAACGUACUGGUUCUGAAGUUGAGUGCAAAGACUGUGGGAAAGUCUUUAAAUAUAAUCAUUUUUUAGCUAUACACCGAAGAAGUCAUACAGGAGAGCGCCCAUUCAAAUGUGGUGAAUGCGGCAAAGGCUUUUCCCAGAAGCACUCUCUCCAAGUCCAUGAGCGGAUGCACACUGGGGAACGGCCAUAUGCUUGCACAGUUUGCAAUAAGGCUUUAACCACAAAACAUUCUCUCCUGGAACACAUGAGUCUUCAUACAGGUCAGAAGGCUUUUACCUGUGACCAGUGUGGAAAAUACUUCAGCCAGAGAAGGCAACUUAAAAGUCACUAUAGAGUUCACACAGGCCAUUCAUUGCCAGAAUGCAUCCUCUGUCAUCGUAAAUUCAUGGAUACAGCUCAAUUAAAGAAACAUUUAAGAACACAUACAGGUGAAAAGCCAUUUACUUGUGAAAUCUGUGGCAAGUCAUUUACAGCAAAAAGUUCUCUUCAGACACAUAUCAGAAUUCACAGAGGAGAAAAGCCAUAUUCGUGUAGUAUUUGUGGAAAAUCCUUUUCCGAUUCCAGCGCCAAAAGGAGACAUUGUAUCUUGCACACCGGCAAAAAACCUUUCUCUUGUUCAGAGUGUUGUGUGCAGUUUGCACGUUUAGACAAUUUGAAAUCUCAUUUGAAAAUUCAUAUCAAAGAGAAGCAGCUACAGGAAGCCAACACUUCAUCCAACAGUAGCAGCACAGAGGACGUCAGGAACAUUCUUCAGCUGCAGCAGUAUCAACUUUCUACCUCUGGACCCCAGGAGAUUCAGCUGUUGGUGACAGAUUCGGUGCACAACAUAAACUUUGUGCCCAGCCAUAAUCAAGGCAUUAGUGUUGUCACUUCAGAUGAUUCCCAAAAUGUGAUGACAGAGCACACAGGCAGCCUUACUCUUCUCACUCAGCCAUCACAGCAGCUGCAGAACCUGAUUCUUUCAGGCCAAACAGAACCCACAGACCAGAUUCAGAAUAUCAGCAUUGUGAGUGACUCAAUGGAUUCUCCCCAGACUGAACAAAUGCAUGUUAUCACACUGUCCAAAGAAGCUCUGGAACAUCUCCAUGCCAAUCAGAGUCAAGCAGAUGUGCUUCAAAUAGCUGCAGGAACAUCGCAUCCAACCCCGCAUCUGCAGAUGGCCCAAGAACCUAACCAACGGUUUCACAUCAGUCAAGAUACAAUUCUACCUCCUCAAAUUAGCAAGGGACAGACCCAAACUGUACAUAUCUCCAAUUCAGCUUAACAGCCUCUAACUGUAGACCAGCCAUCUCGAGAUCAUCACACUGAAGGGCAGGCUUUUUAAAACACAGACUGAUUUCCUUCUUAGAUAUAUUUAUUUAUCAAGAUGAAAGAAGAGCCUUCAUGUGAAAUGCAUUAUAUAUAUAGUAUUCCCUAUUUAAUUUCACAUGCUAGUAAUGUUGAUUGUUGCCGUAACGGCAAUUGGUUUAUGCAUUUUUACUUUGCAGAUUUAUCAAUUUAGAUAUAUGUUGAAAGCAUAGCUUUUUAACCAGUGUGUUCUCAUGCAUUUUGCCUAAAUUGCAAUCAAAUAUUAAAAGAACAUGGUACAAGCCUGCUUACACAUUUUGCCAUCUCUGUUAUUUCAGUGAGAAAAAACAAUGCAUGCUUAAUUUUUCCACUGAAAAUGAUGGGAUGUAAAAUUGCCUCUGAAUGGACUUAUACUGUAUAUAUAUAUCAACUGAUUUUAUAUAUAGAUAUCUAUAUAUAUAGUAUUUUUUUCUCCUAUAUGCUCAUUAGUUUGGGCUAAAGCAAGCUCAUGUUUGGAUUUUUUUAAAAAAUGGAUCAAUCUGUGUCCAUUAAGACUUUGCGAGAGACAGUUUUAUUAGAAGGUUUCUACAAGCAUAGGUAAAAUAAGACGUGAGGAAUUUUUGCAACAUUUUGCAAAAGUAAAUGUAUAAUUUCAAAAGACAGAAAAAAUAAAAGUUAUAUCUCCAAACAGAUGGGCAUAGGCCUGUGAUGGCAAACCUAUGGCACGCGUGCCUGAAGUGGCGCAUGGACCCAUGUUGCGUGCAUGCGUGGCAGCACCCGUUCCUCUUCCAGGUUUCUGACGUGCAUGCAUGCACGACGAUCAGCUGGCCUUUGUGCAUGCGGCAGUGCCAGAAACUGGAAGAGCUGGUCUUCCAUUUUCUUGCGUGAGCUUGCGCGCUGGCCAGCUGAUCGAAGGCCGAAGUAGUCUAAAAAUAGGAAGGAAUAAGAAGAGAGAACAUACUUUCUCUUUAAGGAAUUGCAGUGUGAUGCACAUCUGUUCUCAGAUGUGCACUAUACCUUCCAUUCUUCCUUUCCUCAUACUGUCUAAACUGUACAAUAUGGAUUCUACUGAAUAUAGGAAAGCUUCACUGUGGUAAUAAACACUGGUUGGUGAUAAAACCUUGCGGAUUACUUCAGCAUCCUGGUGGUAACCUUUGUAUAAUGCAGAACAGGAUGAGAUGAAGGUGCUAAGAGUUUGUACAUGGGAGAGAGGGUACUCAUUUGUCCCUCAGUUGUUGAUUGAGAUUUUUAUAAAUCUGUUGUUUUAAAAAGUUCAGUGUCUUAAAACCAAUUGAAUAAUGUAGUGAAGAUAAUUAACUCUGAAGGUUUGCAUAAGAAAAAUAUAUAUAUAUCAGGAGGGGCAAAAGACAUAUAACCGGGAAAUAAUUCUGCUCUAAAUGAUGAAAUUGUGCCAUCAGUUAAACAUUUAAAAUAUAAUGCUUCUUUAUGUAAGAUAAAGCUACAUUGCUUUUAAAAUAAACACAAUGCAUACAUUAA